UUCCAGCUGCCCUGCACGCACGGUCCUGUCACCUGUGUAGUUUUUUUUAAAGGUGUAGUUUGUAAAACAAUGUCGUCGUUUGAAGAGCUUGUGGUCAGUGUGCAGGACUGUGUGGUCAGCGAGGAUCAUGUUCGUGACAAACUCCGCCUCUUCUGUGAUAAACUCUCUGAAUCCUCCAGGAGCGGUGUUAAAAGAUGUAAGGAGCGCAGUUUGGAGGAGGCUGCUCUUCUCCUCAGACAGAUCUCACAGACUGAGCUGUGUGGUUUAGAGAAGAAUCAUCUCCUGUUGCUGGUCAGACUCCUCGUCUCCAUGCAGCUGCAGACGGCCAGCAUCUCCACAGCCUGUCGUAAAGUGGACCAGAUGCUGCAGCACUUGUCAAACGUGGACCAGCAGCUGGUUUUUAGAGAAAUCCAACAGUGUUUACACUCCAUGAUCCACACUGACCAGGUAUUGUCUUUUGAGGAUCUACAGAGAGCCUGUAUGUUCCUGGAGGACAGCACCGCGGGUCGAGACGUGUGGCGAGAGUCGUGCCCGUCCUUGCUGAGUAAAGUUUCCGAGUUGUUCCCUGUUGUGUUGCAACACGAAUCCCAUAGAGAUGGACCGCUGUGUUACAUUGCCGUCAAGCUGUGCUUGCAAACAUUCCAGCAGUUGUCCACUGAGGUGUCUCCUCUCGUGUGGAACAAGGAGCACAGGAGUUCACCAAUGCAGACGAUCUUGCAGGCUCUCAUGGACAUAAUACUUGGACAGUGCUGCAACAGGGACACUCGUCUUCUGGCCGGCACUGCUGUGGCCAUGCUGAUCAACAUAGCGUCAGAGAGCGGAGCUGGAGGAGCGGCUGCCUGGAGUCUGCUACACUUCUCUGACAUAGAGCCUUGGCCUCUGACCGUUGGCGCUCUUCAGAUACAGUGUGUUCCUGUAGGAGGAGAUGGAGUGGCGAGGCUGGCCGUGAGCAGGGGCCUCCUCACCUGCUGUCGACCUCACGUCUUGCUCAGCUCAAGUGUGGACGACACAGAUACGUGUUUACUGCUGAAAGGUUUGUUUCCUCUCGUCUACGCUUUGUGUGAGGAGAAGCUGGAUUGCCACUACUUGGCCUUUGAAGUGUUAACACUAUGGCUGAAGAGAGUGAAAGAACAUCUGGCUGAUAUCUGGAAGACGACGGGUGUCUGCCUUCUGUCUGACAACAGCGUCCUGCUGCAGAAGCUCAUUGACAUUAUCUGGACCAAUGCAGAAAGCCCAGUGGAGGGUGUGUCAGAGUUUGUGCGCAGUGCCCUCUCUCUGCUGCUGGACAUCUAUGAGACGGACUGUGUGAAGUUUUGUGACACAAAGAAGACUCUGCAUUACACUCUGCUUCAGCGAGCCAUCAAACUACCCUGGGAAACCAAAGCCAAAUAUCAUCAUCUGUGUGCAUUGUUGCCAUAUCUGGGCACAGACACGGUGCUUGAUCAAUAUGUCGAUUUACCCAGUCAUCUCCUCAAGGGCUUGUCAACGAAUCACCUGUCACCGUGUGGAUCCGAGCUUUAUAAGUGUCUGAUCCAGCAGCAGAGACGAGAGCUUUGCGACAAGUCAGAGUCACACACCGAGCUGGAUCUGGCCGAUGAGUGGGCGAGGCAAUGGCAGUCCGUCCUGCACAAGGCGCUGACGUCGGAUGUGACUCUUCUGCAGAACAACGGCUCAACACACUUAUUGCCCACCACCUUUCAAGUCUUCCCCUCUUCUGUGAAUCAUCUGCUGGCCUCUCUGGACCCGUUCACCCCCGGACACCUCCACGCCUGGGCCUGCAUCAUGAGCUCCUACCGAGCCACGACAGGAAGCUCUCCCUGGGCUCUACAGGGCAGCUCGGCUCUUGAAACCCUCCAGCUGGCUCUGGGAUCUGUGGAUGACAAAGUCCGCCUUGCUGCCCUCAGCCUCCUCUGCUGCAGCCCGAAGACCAAAGACACCCCGACCACAGAGGAGAUGUCAAUAAUGAUGAGGUUUAUUCCUCAGAACCUAAACUGUGAGUCUGCACCUUUUCGCCAGCAUUUUCAGGCUGGAGUGAAGAGGUUUUUGGUUCGUAUCAGAGACGGCUGCUUGGCACAAGUCAGACAACGGAAGAGCAAAAAGAAAGAAGAGACCUCUUGCUCAGAGAGGACACAUGAGUCAUUGGAGCAGGGAAUAGGGUUUGUGGAAUGGUUGGGUCAGCUCCCGUACAGUUAUCUGUCCCCAGGACACAGUUAUCAGAGGAAGAAGACCGUGUUGCUGAUGCUUUCUGUGGUGCUGGAAACCUGCACAGACACAUGGAGCCCAGACAGGAGGAAGGGACAACCUCCAGCAAACAUGGGUUCUCUUAUUGCCUGUGCCAGACAAAGAGGAAAGUGGGAUUUCUUUAGUCGGACAAAACAGUUGGUUCUUAUCAGCUGUUUAGAGGAUUCUACAAAUGAGAUACGGGAGCUCUCAGCCGGGCUGUUGUUAAAAUUUUUCCCGCCCAGUUUUCCAGACGAUAUUGCAACAGUGCUGCUCCUGCGGACCAAACAUCUUCUGUGCAGCCCUCGGGUGCAGGAGGCUCAGAUGGGAGCACUGAUGAUGAAGGUCCUCCUGCUGAAAUCACAAGACCAGCCUGAAAACUGCAGACUGAACCCUGACAGCAGUGGAAGCAUGGUCAGGUUCCUGGUGAAGCAGCUGGAGGAGCAUUAUCUCACAGCCAAGGCAGAGAUGAUGCUAGCUGCCAGAACCAAGCCCAUACAUGGCGUCGUAAGUGCACUUCAGAGGUGUUUGGUCGAGGCAGCCGACCGUGUCUUUGACACACUUGACCGCAGUCUGAUAACAGAGGUGCUGGACCUGCUGGAGAACAUCUCUCUCCUGCUGCUGGGGGUUCUCUAUGGAGGUCACAAUACCUGUGCCACUGAAACAGAAGCCCCACCUUCUCUUUGUGAUAUGGGAAAUGCCAUCAGCUCGCUGAUAGCCCAAACAUCUGCAGGAGACCCUGUUGACGGAGAGGAGUGUGUCCUGCUGUCUGAAGAUCACAGCCUUGUUCUCACCUGCUGCUGGGUUUCCCUCAAGGAAAUAGGAAUCUUCUUAGGUUCUUUGGUGGAGAAAAUCCUCUCAGAAUCCAAACCCAGCAAAAGGCUCGUAGAAAAAGAGGAUUUAGUCCAAGCAUCAAAAAUAUUCAAGAAUAUUCUCCUCAAAUGCCGUCACUGGGGGGCGGUAGAGGGAUGCUGUAUAGGCUUCACCAAGUUCUGUGCCUCUCUGUUGAGCAGCAGCGAUCAGGAGCUCAGAGAAAUUCCAGCUCAUAUGCUGAAAGAAGGAUUACAGGUUGUGCAGUGCCCUCGUUCCACGUCGGUGACUCGGCGCGCCGCAGGUUUGCCGAUGCUCAUCCUGUGCGUCGUGUCAGCAGAGGAGUCCAGUAAAGCCAGACCACUGUUGUCCCACAGUAUGCAAACCCUGCUGGACACGGCCAAAACGCCUCUGCCUGACAAGUGGGACCAAACGCUCGACCUUCCUCAGGUGUGUGCAGUUCACACUCUGCAGGCCCUCGUGCGCGGCUCAGGUCUGGGAGUCGCUGUCCUUCAGUUUGCUCCUGCUGUAGCCAUCCUGUCCCUCACUCUGCUCAGCUCUCGCUGCUGGGCCAUGAGGAACGCUGCACUGCAACUCUACAGUUCUCUGUGCUCGCGAAUGCUCGGCCAGCGACCCAGCAGUGAAGACAGUGGUCCCACCCAGCACGCCAUGUCCCCUCCCGCCUUCUUUUUCCACUACCCUGCUCUCCAGUCUUUCCUCCUCGGUGAGCUAAAGGAAGCGGCACAAGACCUCGAGGGGCGACCCGAUGAGGCCAAGCUCCACCUCCAACCUUCCCUCUACCCCGUCCUCACUCUGUUGGCCCAACUCCAGCCUGGCGUCCAAGACUCCACAGAAACAUUGUCAGACUUCCUGCCUCCUUUACUCCAGCUGUCUGACAGUUCUAUAUACAGUGUGAGAGUGAUGGCCUGUAAGGCUUUGGUUGCCAUGACUCCCCCCUCGGAGUACAUGAACAUCCUCUUCAAACUCACGGCUCAGCUGCCCGGUCGACAGCAGCGCUGCUCUCACAACCGGCUCCACGGGCAGCUGCUGCAGAUCAAAGCCAUUCUAGAGAGAAGUUUAACGCUAACCACAGACAGAGGCCUCUCAUCUGCCCUGACUGAGGUGCUGAGCAAGGUGGACGCGUCGCUGUGGCUGGUGACUGAAGCUCAACGUUGCCCUCUAGUGAGAGCAGUCUACCUAGAAGUGGUAGAGUUGCUAAGAGGAUACUGCUGCGAGACCUUCCUGUCAAAGCUCAGUGACACGCUCAUGCAUGACCUUCACGUUCCUCAAACGGGGCUUCAGGUUGGUUUGUCGUCCUUUCGUCAACGGGCCAUUAACUUUCUAUGUGCCGAUCUGAAGUUGGCGUGCCAAAUUUGGAGCGGCUUCUUGGCAGCGAGCCCUGACCUGAAGCUCUCACUGGUUACGUGGGUGGUGGAUGGGCCGGGUUUACAGCAGAACAGCCUGAGAGAGUUGAUCCAGAACGUGCUGCAGUCAAACCUCGAGGAGGCAUUGUUGUGCCACAGCAUGGGAUACCGCAGGACCUUCCUCACAGCCCUGAUACAAGUGAUGACCGGAGGUGACUCGUCUUUACUUCAACAUCAUCCUCAGUCAGACUCACUACAGACAUCGGUCUUGCCUGAGUGUCUGGAUAUAUUGCUUGGUGACCUGGAGGACCAGCAUGGUGGGCCAGAGUUUCUGUCCCAGGCUCUCUGUGUUGCUAGUCUGCUGCUGCCCCAGUGGUCAGAUUCAAGCCCAAAGAUGUCCAUGGUCCUGCGCUGGUGUAGCAUCUUGGAGCGUCACCGGUGCCCAGAUGCUCCUGAAGAGCUCAGGAUGGCGACUGCUGAAGCUCUGUGUGCAGCCGGAGUUCCACUUAUGAGCCACAAUCUGAGAAAAUCUGCCAUCAUGAUUAGGCUGAUCAACACAGGUCUUUACCUGCUGCAGGACCAAAGCCAGCAGGUGAGGAUGAAAACUGCUCGUUUCACCUCCAUGGUGCACCAUGCGAGAGCAGAGGACAGGCGGGGCAGCGUCUACCACAUGCAGGUCAACCAGGCUCUGCCGUUUCUGCUGGACCUUCUGCUGGAGGAAUGUGUUGAUGCUCCUGGUGCACUGGAGGUGCUGCUGUGUCACCUGCCUCAGCACGACCUCAGCUUAGUGCUGAGAGAAGCCACAGAGAACGGAUGUUCCAGUUUGUAUGAGCAGGAUGAAGCCAAUGUGUUUGCAGAGCCUGCUGUGAUGUCGGCCCUCGUGCUGCCCUACCUGCUGCAGACGGCUGACAAAUACUCAGAGUCCGCUGCUUUGGCUCAGAGUCUGAGUACAUGGGCAGAGCAGAGCGCUGCACAGGUGUCACACUGCCUUGAAGUGUGCAAAGAACUCCAGCCAGCUGAGACAUUGACCCAGGCCUGGCUGUCUCUCCUCGUGGACCCCCGUUUCCACAGCACACUGUGUGUCCUGUUCACCAGGGCUGCCUUCCUCCUUCGACUGCUGAAGAAUUCCGAUGAUUUACGACACCUGUGUGAUCCGUCUUCCCUACAGAAGCAAUUACAGGACGUUUUACAUCAGCUCAGACACAACGGUGUCCACUUUCCCUCUGCCUUAACAGCUGCUCUGGCUGGAGAGCUGCCAUGUGAGAGAGGGGACACUGUACCUCAUGACUAGUUAUUUAAUAGUACAGGGUUCCCACAUGUCCUUUGAAAAUCACUCUGAAUAGACAUGGUUCAUUGAAUUCUGUGCAAGAAAGAAGUUGAUAUUUAGGUAAAUGUCUCCCGACGCCACCUACUGUUGAUGUACGUAGACUAGGCCUACGCAGAACAAACGUUGAUUCGUAAUUACUAGCGGUGUUGUAGACACUGUCCACUGUCUCUCUCUGCCUUUGAUACUAGAUUCCAUACAGAAAAGUGAGCGGGUAACGUUAAGCAAGAGAAGAGCAAAUUACGUGAUGCCUGGGAAAUGAAAAUUCCAAGAUCUCUGGCUCAACAAAGAAAAUUACAAAGACUGACUUUGACCAAGAUCCAAAAGCUGCAAAUCAGUAAAAGUGGACGCCGUGAGUGGACGCGAAGCAGGCAUCUCCCAUUUUUAGCGGUGUCAGCACAUUCGGUCCUUGAAUUUGAGGGAAUUGGUCCUGGAGAGUCCUUGAAAAGUGCAUGAAUGUGGUCAUGGUUCCAGGCCAAUGAACGGCGCCAUUUCACUCCGCACUUAAAAUCCAUGGACAUUGGCCAAUAUAUCGCAGAACCUGUGAGACUGAAUCUAUCUGACGCUGACACUGACACCUAGUGCUUGGAAACAGAGCGGACAUUAAUCCUGACCUACAGUAACCUGACAUCUAUUAUGUACCAUGUGUUUGAAGACAACUGUAGCAACAGUUGACAAUAACAGCACAAUGUUAUAUUUUUCUACAAGGUUUAUAGAAUGUAUGAUGUAAAUUUUAUGGCGCUCUAUUCACUUUUUUAAUAAUAAAGCCUUUUGUUAUGCAGAGGAAAAACCAUUAGAACGUCCCCAGAUUACACAUUAUGGUUAUUAUUCCCACAGCUAAGUUGUUUGUCAUGUCUCAGCAUCAUCAUCAUCAGCAGCAGCAAGGCUCUCCCUCAGACUGAAGCACUGACGUAAUGCAACAGCAUCUGCAGAACUAGCAGCUUGAUGCCCAGGGAGGCAAUAUAGUGUACGCAUUAUUGCUCCAUUAGAGGCCUUUGGCCUGCAUAAGUGUCCAUUUUCAAACCACACGAGGUUUGAAGAUGAUUGAAUGAAUUUGAUGGAGACAUGGAGUUUGUUCUCGUACGUGUAGUCUGCUGCGAAGUGCAUCAUCACCUGACAGAGCACUGCUUGUGUUUAGGAUGGGUGUGGAACACUCACACGUGGUUAAUCAUAUUAGACAAAUGUGCAUGGACGUUUUUAUUGUUGUAUCCUAAUGUUUCAUUACUUGGUUAGUGGACUGCAACAGUGUUUGCAGAAGGAAAUUUAAGAGGUUUCUUCAGUGCAUCUUGAAGCUGCUCCUCUCAAAAGGAA